GUCGGUACAACAGAGCGAUCUUCCUCUAUAUCCAUAAAGCCUAGAGUGUCAUCUGUCUCCUGUGUGCAUUUCUCAUUCCCACAGGAUAUGAAGCAUUCGCUACUGGAGCAGUGACACCAAGAUAAUGGACUGCUGUGUGCAGUAGAGGACACGACUGUCAUCUGCUAAACAAAAGGAAUGCUGAAGGCGUCCAAAAAAUGCAUCAAUCUCCUUUGAACAGUUAAUGGCCUUUGUGAGCAUAUCUCUGGGAUGGAUAGUCAGGUGGAGGAUCUGAAUGGGACUGAGUUGGAGGGACACAGCUUUCUGCGCUUCAACCCAACGACUCUUUCAACUGGGGCUGCUGCAGCCUCGUCCAGCCGCACUGAAAGUGUCUAUGUCUAUCUUUCUAUCUUCCUCAGCUUGCUGCUCUUUCUUCUCACCCUCCUCGUCAUUACCCUGCACAGGCUGAAAAAUAUCAUCUCAUCCAGUUCGUCCUAUCCAGAGUGCAGCAGCGAGGCAGGCAGUUCAUUCACCAACAUGGAAAUCUGCAGCCUGUCUUCCCAGAGAUCAACAGUGUCAUCACUGUCCUGCUAGUGACACACAUGAGGCGAACAAACAGGCCAGCUAAUGUUUUUAUAAAAUUAAAUUAUUAUUUGUAUGACUUAUUGCUAUAGUGAUCAGCAAUCAGUGAUUUUUUUUUUUUGCUGUUUUAGAUUAACAAUCAAGACUAUAAAAUACUAUGCGAAAUAGCACAAGUUAUCACCAGAUAGCCCAAGCUCCUCAAUGUUUCUCUAAAAGAACAAUGUUUGGGGAAAAAAUGUUUAGUGUAAAAACUACUUACUAAAUAAUAAAUUUUUAUUCAAAAGCAAAUAUAUUGACUUUAUGAUUCACAUUUGACUUAAAAACACAUUUAAUCUUAAGCCUUUAUUGAAAGGUCUUUAAGACAAUGAACAAUUAAAUAUUAUAUCUAGUGUAUCCAGAUGUUUGUCUAGUAUUGUAAACUCACAACAUCUGUUGGC